AUGGUUGAGGAUAGGCAUUGUACGGGCUGCCGAAUUGAGUGUGAAGGUCAUAUAGGAACUGUAAAAUAUUUUGGAACAGUUGGUACUACAAAUGGACAAUGGUUAGGAAUUGAUUGGGAUGAUUCGAGCAGAGGGAAACACAAUGGUACAUAUGAAGGAAUUAAAUAUUAUGAAACAUGGCAUCCCACUUCAGGAUCAUUUAUUCGUCCUAUUAAAGCAAAUUUUGGAAUAUCGUGCUCAGAGGCCAUAAAAAUUCGAUAUGGUUUUGUAGAUGAUGAAUUAGCUGGCAUUGACAGGAAUUCAAUAGCUAGUGUACAAAAGACUCUGAAAGCUCCAUUUGUGGAAAUGGUUGGUUUUUCUAAAGUUAACAAAAAACAAAGUCAAUUUGAUCAAUUGAAAAUAGUUUGUUUAUAUAAUGAGUGCAUAAGUAAUGCAGGUAUCCCUAAUGAAUUAGCUACAUUAUGUCCGCAAAUUGAGGAUAUUGAUUUAUCGCAUAAUUUAAUAAGCUCUUGGAAAGUCAUAACUGAAAUUUGUAUUCAAUUGCGGGCUCUAAAGCAAUUGAAUGUCAGUGACAACAAUUUGCCCGCCGAAAUGAACAUGGAGUUAUAUGGGGAUGCCUUUUUGAAUUUGAGGCAACUAAUGCUUGUAAAAAUGAAUUAUAAUUGGCUUGCGGUUACAAAAUGCCUAAUGGCUUUUCCUUCGAUACAAGAGCUACUGGUGUCUUACAAUGUUAUCGAAACUCUAAGCGAUAUAGAGGAUAAUUCAAAUAUUAUGAAAUUAACGGAAUUAUCUUUAGAAAAGAAUCUUAUAUCCAACUGGGAUGAAAUCCUAAAGUUAGGAAAACUUCCUUGCUUGAGGAGUCUAAAUUUAAAUUCAAAUAAAAUUAAAGUUAUAAGAUUUCCUUCAAAAGAGGCCACCGAUAAAGUCGAUCUGUUCCCCAGUUUAAUCCAGUUUCACAUAUCAGAUAACUGUAUAGAAGAUUGGCGAUCAGUAAGUGAACUAGAGAAAUUAAAAAGUCUUCGAGAACUAAAGUUUCGAAAAAAUCCACUUUUAAAGGGCCAAAAUAUGCAAACAGGAAUGCAGUUAAUAGUGGCUAGAAUUGCAAAUUUAAAUCAUUUAAAUGGAACUGAAAUUAUUCCGUCGGAUAGACGAGGAGCUGAAUACGAUUAUCUAAAAUUAUUUUCUUCUGGAUGGAAAAGUUCAGAAAAAGACGCGAAACAAAGACAUGAAUUUAUUAUAAACCAUCCAAGAUUUCCUGCAUUAGUAGAGAAAUAUGGAGUCUUAGAUACUUCGGAAUUAAAAAUCAAUAAACUGCUGUCAUCAAAUGUCAUAACUGUAAAGUUUAUUUGUCCAGACAACCCAAAUUUUAAAGAAGUAGACAAAAAGUUAAUGAGAAAUAUGGAUGUUCAAAAAUUAAUAGGAAUUGUACAAAGACUGUUUAGAAUUAAUGGAAAAAUUCCGUUGCUCUCUUUCAUCCGGCCUAAUGUUUCUCAAGACGAAAUACCAUUGGAUAAACCACUACGAGAACUAAGCUAUUACCUUAUUGAAGAAGGUGAUCUAAUCCUUGUACGCUGGUGAUAUUAAAUUAAUAUUGUAUUUAUAAAUAUAAUUGUAUUUUUUACACUGUUAAU